GGGCCGGGAGGGGCGCGGGCGGCCAUGGCGCUGCAGUUCGGCGCGGCGGGUGCGGCCGAGGAACCGGCGCUGGUCGGGGGCAGCUUCGGCGCCUCCGACUCCUUCCCUAAGGACUUCGGCUACGGGGAGGAGGAAGAGGAGGCGGAGCUGGAGGGCGGCCCGGGGCCCGGCGGGCCCGGCGGGGGCGCGGGGGGGCCUGGCGGCGGCGCGGGCGGAGCGGACUCCAAGCCGCGGAUCCUGCUGAUGGGGCUGCGCCGCAGCGGCAAGUCCUCCAUCCAGAAGGUGGUGUUUCACAAAAUGUCUCCCAAUGAGACUCUGUUCUUGGAAAGCACCAACAAGAUCUACAAAGAUGAUAUUUCCAACAGUUCGUUUGUGAAUUUCCAAAUAUGGGAUUUUCCUGGACAGAUGGACUUUUUUGAUCCAACGUUUGAUUACGAGAUGAUCUUCAGAGGAACAGGGGCUCUCAUAUAUGUUAUUGAUGCUCAGGAUGACUACAUGGAAGCGCUAACAAGACUCCACAUUACAGUUUCGAAAGCCUACAAGGUCAACCCAGAAAUGAACUUUGAAGUUUUUAUUCAUAAAGUUGAUGGUUUAUCGGAUGACCAUAAAAUAGAAACGCAGAGGGAUAUUCACCAGAGGGCUAACGAUGACCUUACGGAUGCUGGGCUUGAGAAACUGCACCUUAGCUUUUAUUUGACCAGUAUCUAUGACCAUUCAAUAUUUGAAGCCUUCAGUAAAGUGGUACAGAAGCUCAUUCCGCAACUGCCAACGCUGGAAAAUCUACUAAAUAUCUUUAUAUCAAAUUCAGGCAUUGAAAAAGCUUUUCUCUUUGAUGUAGUCAGCAAAAUCUACAUCGCAACAGACAGUUCCCCUGUAGACAUGCAAUCCUACGAGCUGUGCUGUGACAUGAUCGAUGUAGUGAUAGAUGUUUCCUGUAUAUAUGGGUUAAAGGAAGAUGGCACAGGAAGUGCUUACGAUAAGGAGUCAAUGGCGAUUAUCAAGCUCAAUAACACGACAGUCCUGUACUUAAAGGAAGUAACAAAGUUUUUGGCAUUAGUUUGCAUUCUUAGAGAAGAGAGUUUUGAGCGCAAAGGUCUGAUAGACUACAAUUUUCAUUGCUUCCGCAAAGCCAUUCAUGAAGUCUUUGAAGUAGGCGUUGCCUCCCACAGAAUCUGCAACCAUCAAUCCAGCACCUCAAAUAUGAAAGCAGUGACUCACAAUGGCACGCCUAGGAACGCGGUCUAAAGCCAAAUGAAGGACGUUGGAUAGACUUGUCAGCUCUUCACUCCGGAGUUUUGUGGAACAAGAGGAGAGUAGUCUGAAAGCCUGAAUAUGUUUCACAGGAGAAGAGUGGCGCUAACUGUGGAACAGCAGCUCGUAACUCAUGUCGGACAACCGAAACUACUGUAACGACACUUUGAGGCCCCCGGAGUUAGAAAUGCCGGUUUGAAGUCAGCUUUAAUCGCAAGCGCGGUGGUUUUUCAGUUUGGAGUCCUAUUUUAACAGUCUGCCUCUGACUGAUUGCCCGGUCACAACUUACAAAUGAUUGAGUUGAGUUUUGCGUGAAACACUGAAUGGUCGGUCACUUGCUCAACUGUGUUUUUUAUCGAUCUGUAGAAUAUCAGAAUCUCCACUUUUGCUUACGUUUUCCCUUUUGUCAUGCAAAAACAAACGAAAAAAAAAAAAGGCAGUGUUAUUAUUUUGGCUUGUGAACCUCAGGCUUUUUGUUUGGUGAGGCUGGUCUCACAAAUCAUUCCAUAAGGUAAUUCCUGCUCUCGCGGUGUGCUCAGAGUCCUCCCUUGAAUUCUGUCCUUGUUGCGUGGAUGCGAGGUAGAGCUCUGUUCUAGUGAUUCUGUGUUUGUUCGGAGAGCUGACCUGGAGCUUCGUUUUAAGAGAUCGUGCUACUUUGCUUUCAGACCGCGCUCCUUGGUGUGCCCCCUCGGAUGGAAGGGAAGCGGUAAAACCAGAAAUAAACUACCUGCUCUCUUUGGCAAAAGCACGGAUGUCAUAAAUCUGUGUGAUUAAUCCUGUUCACAAAACAACCGCAUGGCUCGCUAAGCUGAAAUGUCUGCCAUCUCUUGGAAUAAAGCAACCACUUUCAGCUAUUCCCAGCCGAAGGAAUGACUUUGGUGGUGGAUCUCACUCUGCCCUCUUGACUGAGAAUUGAGACGAUUCCUAGGAGAAUCUGAGGGCACUAACUUUGCACGGCAAUUAAAUAUCAAUGUGCCACAACCUGCUAAUGAUACUGAAUAUUGAAAGUGCGUUGAUUCUGGCAAACACCUCGUUUGUUGCCGUGCAAUCUGAAUAGAAUGGCCUAAUUGCUGAUUUUGCGAAUGCUGGCUUUCAUCCUCCGGGAAGUAUAUCUGAAUUAUUUUAAUCUAAUUUAUUGGUAUUAUUGCUGCAGAUGUCACACUGUACAUCAGCCUUGCUACGCAGUAAGCUCAGCUCCCGGCCCGUAAAGAUCUCACCUCUUUCUACCUGUCCCUGUGUGUGUGUAGGUAUUGCGAAGCCACUGGACCAACCGACGAUACAAGUGCCACUAUCAAAGUUUCUGCAGGAAGAUUCGUGACUGUAAGCGAUCUCCAAAACCGCUGUAUUUAUGUGGUCAGAAAUAACCACGGGAUUGCUUCUGGGCUUAUAGAAUGGAUUUUCAUUCAGUUAUGUACAAAUGAAUAUACAUGCGUUAACAUUAGGGUGUACGCACAUACUGUGUAAAUGUUUUUCUUUUUGUUUUAAAUAUGUCGUAUGAUACUAAAAACAUAAAGGAUCCGCUCCAAAAGGCACCACAGGCAGCAGGGGACUUAGAAAUUCAAGUGCUCUAGUCCAGUUCUCUUAAUAGCAGCUGGAAUUCUGAGCUCCUUUUCGGUAAUGGAACUGCAAGGGUUUUUUUUAAGGUGCUGUGGGCUUAUAAGACGGAGUUUGCAGCUUGUAAGCUCUGUCCUGGUGUUCACUCACGGUGAGAGGAGAAGUGAUUGGCAAGAUCAUAGGAAGGAAGAAAUCAUUCCCAUUCGUGCAACGAGUUUUCCAUGUUCUAAGUACAUGUGUACAUUCCUCUCUGUCUUCACUCUACAUGAUUUUGUGCUAAUAAAAGGAAAAAAGGUCGAACUGUAAUGCUGUUGUUUCUGUUGGAGGAUGAAACUUCAACAAAAGUCUACAAAGGCCUGGGCGGUGCAGCAAAUCUUAAAAAGCUGUGUUAUCCUCACUGUAUUUCUUUUAAAAGUUAAAUACCACUUCUCCUGUGAGGCUUUAAAAGUUUCAGGUAAUCG